GUCUGACCGUGGCCCCCAGUUCACUUCCCGGUUGUGGCAGUCAUUUUGUAAGGGGAUUGGGGCUACGCCCGCCAACCUGCCUCUUGGAGCAAGUUCUUGCCCUGGGUCGAGUUCGCCUACAAUUCUAUGAAGAGCUCGGCCACAGGUUUGUCACCAUUCGAGUGCUCCCUCGGUUACCAACCCCCUAUAUUCCCCCAACAAGAGGCCGAAGUGGCCCUCCCUUCUUCUCGUAGGCACAUCAAGAAAUGCCGUCAGAUUUGGAAAACCGCCCGUGCUGCCCUGUUGAGGGCCUCCGAAAGAAUGUGCCGCAGUGCCAACCGGCGGCGCAUUCCGGCUCCAUCCUACACUCCUGGACAACAAGUCCUGUUACGGGCCAAAGAUCUCCACCUACAGUGAAGCGACAUCCGGUGGUCCAUGUAUCCCAAAUUAAGCCUGUUUGUAGUUCUCCACUUUCUUCCCCUGACCCUAUUCCGCCCCCUCCUAGAAUUCUGGAUAACGGUGACCCAGUUUGGACCGUCAAGGAGAUCCUUGGGGUCCGUCGGCAAGGUAGGGGUCUGGUAUUUUUGGUAGAUUGGGAGGGUUAUGGUCCAGAGGAUAGAUCCUGGGUGCCGGCCUCCUACCUUGCUGAUCCCUCCCUUCUGAAGAACUUCUAUCAAGCCAACCCUGGAGCUCUCCGGCGCUCGUCGGGAGCCUCGCAUAAGAGGGGGGGCACUGUUAUGAUGCACACGCCAUCUGCUUCUCCCUCCCCAGCAGUAGCACCUAGAGGCCCCGCUGUUCGCACAGCAAGACACGCCCCCGCACGUGCCGCGCAGACUGCAGCCAUGCGCCUCCACAGCUGCCGACAAUCACCUAUCAACGCAGCUGGUCUUGACGAGAGGCAGCGGCAUAAAAACUCACGCCACUGACUGCUCCAUGCCGGAACAACCUUUUGAUUCAGUAAGCUUCACGGCUCUGGCUCCUCACCUGUGUCCCUCUCUCUUGCUCGUUUUGUCUCCCUCGUGCCUAGUUCUUAUCUGUCCUUGUCGUCUGC